AUGUUUAAUGCACGCUUGGUUUUACGGGUCAGACUUGGCACGCAACUCACCCAUGUGACAUCUCCAACUAAACAUAUUCACUCUUCACGGUUUGCAAAGCCAUAUCGUGUUUUCGAUGAAGGUGCAAAGAGGUUCAAAAGUAAAAAGCACAAGAACAACGGAACUCUUAAUGAUACGAAUGUUGAUAAAACUUCCGAGCCUAUAUCUACAGAAGAACCCAUUUUAAAAAAUCCCCCAAUAACAGAGAUUGCCAAUUCCGCAACUUUAAAAAAUCUUUCAGCUUCGGAAACACCCGCUGAAUCAAGAUCAACUGUUAAUGAAUCCACCACCACUUCUCUUGAUCAACAAUCGCUACCACCAUCAAAUCAACCAAAAUCUGAACCCAAGGAAACUGAAUCAGAAAUUAAGUCUACUGUAUCCGAGACGACGAAAAAGGCUUCAGGAAGCUAUGGCAAAUAUAUCCUAACGAUAAUUCUUUUGGGUGUCGUGGGUUAUGGUGGAGCUGUGUAUCAUUCGAUUCAUGAUGAAAAGUUUCGUAAAAAAUUUACAACUACUGUUCCUGGUGCAAAUCAAGUUGUUGAAUAUGUGGAUAACCUUCACAGACAGGGAACAUUCCAUCAUCUCAGACAACAGACUGCAGAGUUAACUGAGAAAACGGUUGAUUUUAGUCUCAGUGUUUACGAUAAUUUAUCUCGAAAAAUAUCCAAAACUUUGAAACCAGCGAUUGAAAUAGAAACAAAUCAAGAGGGGAAAACACCAUCAGCAGCAGCAGAGCAAAAUGAAAAGUCUUCUCCUUUACCCCUUGAACUUGAUACAAAAGUAUCUCCUUCAUUGGCCCAAGAAAUCCGUAUAUUCACAUCCGAGGAACCCAUAAUUAAUGAACUAUAUCAAAUAUUAGAUCGACUUGCUAAUAUUGUCAAAGAAACAGACACAAGCCCAGAUAUUAUUUUAAAGGCAAAAGAAAAGUUAAAUGAGUUGAACGAGCGAAUUAAUUCUAGUAAAACUAAAAUAUAUGUUUUGAUCGAGGCUGCACUUGUUGAACAAGAAGAAGCGUUUAAUGCACUUUUAGGAUCCAAAGAAAAAUCAUUAUUAGAUAAUUCAGAAAAGGAGAAACAACAUCUUAAGGAUGAAUUCGAAACAAAUAAACAACUAUUAUUGAAACAACACAAGGAUCUAACAGAUGAAUUAUCACGACAAGCUCGAAAACACGCUGAAGAACUUCGAGAUAUACUUAUCCGCGAAGGUGUCAGGAUGAAAAAGCGAUGGAUUCGUGAAAUAAAAUCAAGAGUCGAACAAGAAAGAAAUGGCCGUUUAGCGAACCUCGAGUCACUUAACCUUCGUUUGAAAGAACUACAAAAUCUCAGCGUACAAAAUGCCGAUAAUUUGGAUGACAGUAUCAAAAGCCAUCGAUUAUGGCGUGCAGUAUACGCAUUAAAGAAUGCCGUUAAUAAACCUCAUCGCACGCCAUUUGCCAAUGAAGUAGCCACCUUAAAAGAAGUGGCAUCAACUGAUGAGUUAGUGACCGCUGUGUUAUCAACUAUCGAUGAUUCUGUUUCUUCCACAGGGAUUGAUUCGGUUUCCAAUUUAGUAGCUCGAUUUGCUAAAGUGCGAGAAGCAGUACGAAGCGCUUCAUUAGUACCGGAAAAUGGUGGAUUGUUACCUCACGCGCUUUCUCGCGUGCUAUACAGGUUUAUGUUUCGUAAACAUGGAAUGAUGGAUGGUGAUGAUGUCGAGGCUGUCUUGGCUCGCGUGGAACAUCAUUUAAAAGAACAUGAUUUGGAUAAGGCAACAAGAGAAUUGAAUCAAUUAAAAGGGUGGCCGAAAACCAUUGCUUCAGACUGGAUGCGGGCUGCGCGCGAUCAUUUAGAAGUACAACAAGCAAUUCAG